AUGAGCGACGAUAAAACCAUCGAUGGUUUUCUCGUGCGAGAUAGGGACAACGCGACGACUAAAACGACGAAAGAGGAGUCGCGGUACGAGUUUCUCCUCCGCGUGAUUGAAAACGUCAAAACUGUCGCGAAAGAACAGUUGCAACGGAAACGAUUUAAAAAGAAUGAUGAUGAAGAUAAAGAAGAAUUAGAAUUAGAAUCGCUGGAGACGUACCACGAUCGACGGAAAGACGCGCAGUUCGUUUUGAUCGAGUUGAGACGGGCCAAUCGAGACGCAAUGUUGGAGAUGGAAGAAAAGAAACUGAAUUUCGUUGAACGGAAACGAAAAGAGGUUGAAAAAAUUGGGAAGAAAGUGUUAUCCGCGGAGUACGAGAAGUCACACCUGACGAUGGAAAUGCAAUCGAGACAAGGCAUCGCGACGUCGGAAGACGCGUUGAAAUUUGAUUUCGUGGACGAGGAGACGUUUUUAAAAUCAGAGAAGAAGAAGAAUAAGAAUAAUAAGAUGUCCGCUUUAACGACGAAGAAUAAAAACGCGUUCGCCGAGCGAAGGUUGGAGGACGAGUUGGAACGCAGGAAAGAGCUUUUAGAGCGAAUAGAAAAAGCAAAGGAGAGAAAGAUUUCACUCCAGAGAAGUAAGCUCGAGCGAGAGGAAAAGAAGAGAGAGGCGGAGAAUGCGAUCAAGGACUUGAAGAGGACAGCCGCGAUGGUCGGAGAGAAAUUUAAAACCAUCGUUCACCAAGAAAAGAAGUGA